UUUAAUCAUGUAGCCUAUUUGUUUGUUUUGCGAGUUGUCACAACGUUCCUGAUAUAAAACUCGAAAAUAGGUAUUUUUCAGAAUUUUCCUGGAAUUGGACUUUAAGCCAUCUGCCUUCAAAAGCACUUGCACCUGGCUUAUUAGGGUUAGCAAGAUUAGCGGCCGAAUAGGCUGAAUAACGCUAGGAUCAAUAAAAUUCGCGAUAUAUCUGCUUAAGUAGGAUCCUACCUGGCUUUUGCCUAAGGUUACUUAUUAGGGCAACUGGGAUUACCGGCCAAUUGGUAGGUAGAGCGCAAAGGGCGGGCGGUCCAUAACCAGUUCCUUCUCGACAGUCCAAUCAUGAAGUACCGCAUGUUGAACAAACGCAAGCAGGCGACUCCCUCGCCAGUGAGACAAUCCGACACAGAAGACGUGUCCAUGGCCAACCACAGUGCUCUGGAACUGGAGGCAGCUGCUGCACUCUUGUUGCUCCGCUACCAAUAUGAUCGGCAAGUGUGCAACAACAUUAUAUCCUACACGGAGUCCUGUUCUCCGACUCCACCGCCGGCAGUUGCCGAUAACACGACGCCAAAGGAUCAGACUGUUCGUCCGCCAGUCGCCAGUCAGCCGUUGAAGAAACGCUCCAUACCAUCGCACCUACUCAGGAGAUCCCUGACACCGGCCAAAUCCGAGACUUCGGUGAGCAACAAGUCGAUAGUCAAGGCCAAAACAAGGACUCCAAUUCCCAGUAAAGAGCGCAACUGCAACAGGUCCUUGCUCAAGUCCUGCAGAAAUAUGAUUCGUGAGUUUUUGGACAAUCAGGAGCUUAUCUAAACAAAGUUAAACUACGUGUCCAAGGAUAACCGCCUGAAACCGAUUCUACAUUUUUAAAUUUAAUCAAAUCAAGAUUUUAGAAAUCUUCGCUAAAAACGCCACAGUGAAUUGCACAAUAGCAGAAAAGAGCAAUCAAUGAAUUUUUAAAAACGAUGUAGCCCAGUAAAUGACAAUCCCACUUAAGGCCCAAGAGAGAUAAAGCCGAUCCUUGGGAUCUUGGAUUUCACUUUUCAAUUUAUUUAUUGCAUAUAAAUUUGUUUCCUUUUUUUUAUACAUAUAUAAAUUAUGUAUUGAUCGAAAGAUAACGUUUUCAAUGGAAGAACAGGUAUUGUGGCGACACUAGAGUGCUAAUUAUUAGCUAUUGGCGGUGUUUAAACUUAAGGCGUACGAAAAACAAAUAGAAAAUUAUCUUUACCGUAGAUCUACACAAUAAUUAAUAAUUACAGUUGCACUACAGGCUAAAUGUAUGAACGUGCAUUGAUGAUAUCUCUUCCUAACUCUGUUCACUCCGUUUAAUGUAAUUAAUAAAGUGCUUCAAAUGUA